GUCGGUAGCCUGCGAAUUUUUGUUUUGGUUUGGUCGCGCUUUGGGGAUUUCUCGCUGCAAACAGCUGAUGUGAUGCAUUCCCGCUGCUGCCUUUCCUCUUCUCCAAAUAUGUGAUACGGUUGCUAGGCGUCCCUGUGCACAUAAUUUGCAGGAUCAAGUUGGCGCCUCCCAGGGAGGUGGGCUCCAGAAAGCAUGGCCGUGCCGGAGACGGAGGCGUCGUCGCUCGAGGCACUGCCAAACGAAAUUCUCUUCAAGAUAUUUUCUCUACUCGAUGCCCAGUUCAUUGACCAAGUUAUCGGAAAGCUGUGCACUCGCUUUGCGCUGGUGCUCAGUGAUCCCAGCUUCUGGCAAGCGAAGCUGGUCAAUACGUGGCCCAAGCCGUACCCCUUACCAGCAGAUGAAAACUUCGACUGGAAAGAAGCAUGUGUUCAAAGGGAGCGGCACUUAAACCAGUGGACCAACUGGGAGGAUGAGAUGAAAUCCAUUCGUAUUGCUGAUGCACACAUAGGGAUGAUACAUUCAGUCCUGUUGAUGAAUGAUGGCUCAUUGUGUGUCACUGGGUCUCGUGAUCGAGAUCUAAAAGUUUGGGAUGUCAGGGACCAGGACAGAGCUGCAGAAGGGGAAGACCUUCUCCUGCAUUCAGCCCCUGAUGCGCAUGAGGGUUGGAUUUGGGCCCUGCACUGUGUAGGCAACAAGCUGCUCACCAGCUCUUUCGACAGCACACUCAAGUUGUGGGAUGUUGAGUGUGGACUCCGCGAACUCAAAUGCUUCACUGUCAAGGCACCAGUGAUGACGAUCUGUAGCUCUGGCGGGGAAUUCGUCCUCGGCAGCUCCGAUGGCGUCAUGUACCGGUACGACUUCCGGGAGUCAAGAGAGCCAUUGCCGUAUUGUGCUACCCGGGGCGGCGUAAUCACCUGCAUGGCUGCAGAUGACAAAACCAUCUUGGCAGGCACCAAUGCAGCACGACUGUACACCAUUGAUCGUCGUGUGAGCCAGUUCAGGCCGGAGUUGGCCAUGCGUUUCAAGCAAAGCUCCGUGACUGCCCUGUCUUUUGACUCGCGCCAGCUAUGGAUGGGAAUGGGGGAUGGGACCAUUUAUACAGUCGACAUGACAUCCAGUCCCCCCAAGAUUAUCCAGACUGUGGACGUGCCUCCAGCAGAACCACGUGGCAUGGUGUCCAGCAUCCAACACACCUUGGGCAGUGUGCUGGUGUCGUUUGUCAACAGGCCCAUGGUUGCCUUGGAGCCAACGCUCGAGCCAGCCGUGAUUUCCUGGGGCCCCGAACAGCAGCAAGUGACUCGUUUCCACUUUGAUGGCAGAACGCUGGCAACAGUGGGUUCCGAAGUUCUCGAGGUUUGGCAUCCAAAGUGCAAGACUGGAAUUGUGUGACCAAAAAUGAACUGUGCGCUGUGAUAACAAUAUGCAGCUUUUGUUGCGGCACAUUGCAAGCACCCCGUGGCAUGAAGUUAAUGAAAUUGCAGGUGCAAUAGUUGUGGAAGUGCCAGUAAAUUAUGAUCUGACACAUGCCCUGUUGUACUGACACGCUUAAAUUUCGGGUGAUUCAAUUAAUUUUUCAUUUACAAUUUGUCCUAAAAUUUUAUUGCUUCAAAGGCUGGAGCAUAUUUCUGUUCAGGUGAAACUUUGAUGUCAGUGUUGUUUUUCCAAUAAUGGCUUGUGCUUAAGCUAGCCUGAACGUUAUUUCGAUAGCGAAGCAAUAGCAAUAAUGAGGGUGGCUUGUUUUGCAAAACAAGGGCCAAAAAGAUGCCGUUGCUAAUGUAAUAUUUUUGUAUAGCAGUAAUACGAGCCUUUCAUGUUUGAGCAAUGCAAAGUUGUGCCUUGUGCAUGGGCCUUGUCGCAUUUAGUGUGUAAUAUUUAGUAGCUUAUGUCUGGCUCAUCUGUCGAGGCAUUUAAUGAAUGCAGACACUCCUUUGCUGUUGUCAAGAGUGUCCAACCCAUUAUGAUAAAGGGUAUAUACUUUUGACUUGUAACACAUAUAUAAUCACUUGUAAUUAUAUUUUAAUUACAAGAGACUAACUUAUUUGAUAUUCAUAUCUCUGUGUGCAUCUUCCUUAUGAAAUAAGCGUGAGACUCAUGUUGACAUUUGUAUAUUUAUAAUUAAAAAGUAUUUUCGGCGA